CGUCCUGGCUCCGGCUUGGCUCCUGGGCGCGGCUUGCCUCUGCUACCUGACGAAUGAGGCAAGAGGCGGUGAAAAAAGGCGCAGGGAGUGGGGGAAAGAGGGAGAGAGAGGAGGAGAAGCAAGGGAAGGAACUGGCUGGUCUCCCUUCAAGCCCUGGCUGUCUUCCCUCUUUCCCACCCAUUGCCCUGAAAGCGGAAACUGGGACCCCUCUUUCCCCUCCUCGCCUUACUUCACUUGGACCUGGGUACCACUCUUGCCUGCAUCCCUGCAUCCUUCAGCCGGGAUGUACUAAGCCAAACAUCGCCCUGCUCUCUUCUCCCUGCUCUUAAUCACACUUCGAAAGAGUUCCGAGGCGAAAGGAGUCACAUUUCAUUGGCAAGGAAGUUCAGCAUACAGUCAUUCUUUGGCCAUGGAUGUGUUCAUGAAAGGAUUUAAUAAAGCCAAGGAUGGAGUUGUGGCAGCAGCAGAGAAAACUAAGCAAGGCGUUGCAGAAGCAGCAGGGAAGACGAAAGAAGGUGUCCUCUAUGUGGGUUCAAAGACCAGGGAUGGAGUUGUUCAAGGAGUCACAACAGUGGCUGAGAAGACCAAAGAACAAGUGUCAAAUGUUGGGGGAGCGGUAGUGACUGGAGUCACAGCUGUAGCACAUAAGACGGUGGAAGGUGCUGGAAACAUUGCUGCAGCCACUGGCUUUGUCAAGAAGGACCAACUGGGAAAACAGGAUGAAGGUUUCCCUCAAGAAGGAAUGAUGGCUAAUACAGACAUGCCAGUAGACCCUGAAAAUGAAGCCUAUGAAAUGCCUCCUGAGGAAGAAUACCAGGAUUAUGAACCUGAAGCAUGAAUCUCACUCUCUUUCUUCUGUCUUCUGUGACCUGUUAACAAAGACAUCCUGUCCUGUACAAGUGCUGAGUUCCAAUGUGCCCAGUCGUAAACUAUUUUUAUAGUUUCUACAGUGUCUUUUGAAGACUUCCAUCAGCAAUGAUUGGAGCAUCUGUAACUGAGUCCAGUUUUCAUUUCAGUAACCUCCUUUCUCUCUGAAAUGAAAGUCUGGGUCUCAGAGCCAUUGUUGUUGUGUGGAUAUUGUGGCUUCAACUUCUAAAAAAUGAAAACAAAUUUUUAAAAAAACACCUAAGUGUCUAACUCCUUAUUUGUAAAGCUGUACAUGUUUUGUUGACCUAUUGUCAGUAAUUUGGUAUUGUUUACGAAACAAGAUUUUUAAAAUGUUUCCUAUGAUUAGUCUUUUCUGUCUAAGGAUGGCAUUAUAGUGAAAGUUAUUAAUAUAUUUCUAUACAUAUAUACAUAUAUAUAAAGUAAUUGAGCAUGAACUAUGCACCUAUAAAUAUUAACUGUGAAAUUUUAUGUGCUUUGUGAAAUGUUUUACUAACAUGUCUCUGUAAAUAAUGGUGUCCAACUGGAAUAAAAUAUGGUAUCUAUUCAAAAUUGA